UCAAACUAGAAUAAGAGACAUAUAUAAAUAGGAUUGUGAAGAAAGAAAAAAAAAAAAAAACGUCCGGACAAAUCAUUUCUCUUAAUCUAACCUAGUUAGGAAAAAUCUUAGGUGAAACGAUCUUAUCAUGUGUCUCUUAAUACGUUCAUAUCAUCAUUGAAGUUUCACCACAGACAAAUAUGUCAACUGUUGAUAACAUCUUUAUAUACUUAUUUGUAUUGAAUGAUUUAACACGACACGUGAUCGGGCGACUUUGACCUAAUAAUAUGUUCAUCCCCCUUACCUAUGAAUUGGCUACCCAAAUAAAUGACAUCUUAAGAGAUGGUAACCAUCUAUUUUAUUAUCGUUGCAUGAAUUUAAAUUUUGAGGCUUAAGUCAAUCCACUACACAGAUUUCAAAAUUUAAACUCAUGCGAGCAUCAACACCAUUUCAGGAUGGUCAGCAAAAAUAUUCCGAGACACAAACCAGACACAGAUCGCAUGCCCGGAAAGCUUGUAAAAUUGCAGGUACAGUGUACAAUUCUCCCCCUCACCCUCUCUCUCCUUUCUUUCUCUCUCUAAAACCAGAGACUCUGCAGUGAGUGAGUCUGAGCUGAGUGAGUGAGUGGGUCACAGAUUCGUCACCGAUUCGUCACCCUCCUCGCCUCCUACCCUACCAGCUACAGCUACAACUACAAAGACAAGUAGCUUGCUUCUUCCAGUCCAACGCACACAAAAAUCAAAUGCAAGAACCGAGAGAAACCCACAUGGUCGCACCCUGUGAUACAUGCGGUAGUGGUAAUGACGAGAACCUCAUUGCAACUUGCCGUAAAUGCAAUAUAGCUCGUGCACACCCUUAUUGCAUGCGGAAAGUUGAUAUGGAAGCUUGGGAGGAUUGGAUUUGCGAAGAAUGUCUCGGAGAGGAAGACAAUUUAGCAUCCCCCACUGAUUUCGACAACCGCGAUGUCAUGCAUCCAUCAGGUCCCAGCAGAGUUCUUGCUGAUUCGGGGUGGCAAAAGCCAAUUGGGACUGGAAAAGUUAAGUACAUCUCACAAGGAGAAGUCAUUAGGCUAUCAUCAGGAGUUGAAACAACGAGAUCUCAGCGAAAUACUUUCAGCUCCAAACCUGGUCAGUCAAGUUCUACAGCACUUAUGUCCCAGAAGACUACUUUUGGCUCUAAAAUCGCGACAACAAAGUAUCCAACGCCUGCAAUCAAAGCAAAUCCCAGCAUUGUGCCUUCAGGAUAUGUGAAGCCUCCUAGCUGUGGCAGGAAUGCCAAUAUGUUAAAUAUCUCAAAGAUAAAUCAGCAAACAUUUCCAAUAUUGAAGGAUUCAAAAGGAACAAAUAUUUCAGUAGCUUAUGGAAAGGAGCAUGUUCGGGAGAAUCAAUCAAAGGAUGUCUUAGCUCCGGGAACAUCCGUUGAAACAAAGACUCCGGGAGCUUCUGGAAAGGAGCAUGUUCGAGAGAAGCAACCAGCGGACGUAUUAGUUCCAAGACCAUAUAAUGAAACUUCUCGGAAGAAGAUGGAGGCUGCAAUAAAAAAGGAACCGUUCACAGUUGCAACAAUGAGGCACUCCUCACCUAUUUCCAGUCCAGGCAAGUGUUAUAAAACCGAUAACAUAUUUACGUGGCAAUUUGUGGAAUUCAUUUCUUUCCUAUGAAGUUACCAACAUCUUGUGAAAAUUUUG